AUGCAUGCUCCGGGGUUCUCUUAUUUGGCGCAAGUGAACAUCCACGAGCCACCAAGCGACGAAAACAACCGAAUCCUCAAAACCGAACUGCUCCCAGCACUAUGGAACCUACCGCCCAAGAACCCUGCCGAGGCCUCCGACGCGUUCCUGGAGUACUACAUGAACCAGCGCAUAGUGAUUGAGGCCCACGGGCUUAAUAUCAAGACCCACCAAGAUCUCAUGGACCUGACCAACUGCGUCAAGUCGAAUGCCCAUUUGACUAGAACCAGGCUGGUUGCGCACCUCGACGAGCACUGUGGAUGGGCGGGGCCUGCCAUCCAUGCUAUUGAGGUGGUUUUGCGCAUCUGGCUGUUUAUCUCUAUUGACGACUGGGAUCCCACCCAAACGCUUGAGCAAUACCUUCGUGCUAGUUUUCCCAGUACCGAGGACUUUCCUUCUAAUACGCCAUCGUUUCCACUGGGGUUUAAUGGUUUCAGCCUCAAGGAAAUCGGCGGCUUUGAUAUUGCCUGGACGGAAUGUCUCCAUGAUCAUCUGUCUUUCGCCAUAGAUGGCACACAGAAACAACUCAAGAUCUUCCAUCUCUCGUCUUUUUUGCAAGGAUACCGCCAUAGCCGUGACCGCGAAAUCCUCCCACCAGCAUUCUUCGAAGAAACCGCCCGUACCAUCUCCCUCCUCUUCCCAACCUCCAACCUCAAAUGCCAACGCUGGGUCCGCAAAGCCCGCACGCAACAGGACCUCGACCUCGACCCGGGGUUCCUGCCCGCGACCUCACGCGACCUCUCACAGUUUCCCUAUUGGGGCCGGCAGCUACUCGAGCUGCGCGACGAGUACGACCGCACGGAACCGACGACGGUGCGGCAGUGGGUGAUUGAUAAACGGAAGCCCAACCAGCGGUAUACGUUCUGGAUUGCGGUGGUUGCGCUGUUUCUGGCACUGGUUUUUGGGCUGAUUCAGUCGGUGACGGGGAUUAUUCAGGCUAUUAAGAGUUGA